AGCACAACCUAAACCUCUACAGGACAGAUACACCCGGACUGCGAUCAGACACACGAUCUGAAAACAGUGAUCCGUCUGUCUGUGUUUGGAUGAAUCGCAGUGUUGUUUUAUAAUCUCCAGUCCAGCGGAAUGUCCCGGAGGAAACAGAGCAACCCAAAGCAGUUCAAACGAGUGUUUGAAAAUGGGCUUGAGACAGACUCUGAGGAGACAGUGUGUAAGAAGAGAGAUAUACUGACAGAAGAUGACAGAUCUGUUGAGGAGGAUCCGCUGUUCCUCACUGACCCAGACAACAUCAUUUCUAAAGAUGAAGAUCACUUGAGGAAUGGUGAAAUGAUUGGAAAUGUCAAGGUGGGACAACAAGACAACGACGGACAGGAAGAAAAAGUCCCGCCCAGCCCAGCAGAGGAAUGGGACGGCCCAAGGGAGCUGAAAAUAGUACACGAAGAAGGAGAGAAAAGGAUUCGUUCCUGUCAGGCACUUUCUCUGGGGACCACAUGGGGUCCUUUCCCCGGGAAGAUUGAGAUGGCCACAGGAGACGGGGACAAGGUUUCUCUGCUGCUCAGUGGAGGUCCAAGCUGGCUGAAGGAUGUGAUCUGGGUCAGUUCAGAAGAUGGCAGAUGCAACUGUGCUGUGUACAGCAAAGGAGGACAUGUGUGGUGCUCCACAACAAAAAAUCUUCUUGAGGGAGACGAACUUUCUGCCUGUGUUGUGGAUUUGCAGCCUCAUCUUCAAACACCAGCCCGAUCUCCCUACUGUCAAGGGAUGUACCCGGCCCGACUACUGGACGGCAUCCAACUCCUUCCUCAGCAAGCAGCCAUGGCGUCCAUACUGCCCGGCGCUAUCAUCAACAAAGACAUCUUCCCCUGCAAGGCGUGUGGCAUCUGGUUCCGGAGUGAAAGAAACCUCCAAGCCCACCUUAUGUAUUACUGCAGUGGGCGGCUAAGGGACCCUGAGAUGGUGGCAGAGAAAAACGCCAAUAUCAGCCAUCAAAUGCUCCGCAGCUGCACAUAUCCACAAUGCAAUAUGAGCUUUGCUGGCUCAAAUGCCCUUGAAAUGCACUUAUCUACACAUCAUAGUCUCAAGUCAGAUGACAUCUCCACUGGAAGCAACUUGAAAUGCACAAUUUGUGACUACACUGCUGAAACACUUAUGGUACUCCAGCACCACAUCCUUUCCCACCUGUCCCAGACAGGCCUGAGAUGUGAUCACUGCCACUUUACGUUCCAAACCCCCAGAGAACUGGCCAAACACCAGGAAUUACAUGGACAUGGAAGUACGGGCAACAAACUCAUCAAAGAAGACAAUGCGGAUAACUCUCGUAGUAUUCCUGCAGGUAGCCCUCAACAAGGUGAAACUAAUGCAAACAUAAAAGACCUUCAGGAAAGUGCAAUACAACAUUAUCUUGGUGAAGUCGCUGAACAAGAAACCACAGAAAGCGGUCAGUCAUCCAUAAAGAGCGAGGGCAAGGCGGGAAACAAGGCUGGCGCUUCUUUUUCCAGAGUAAAGUCAGAACCCUCCAGUCCCCGUUUGGCCUCCUCUCCCAUUCAGCACCACCUGCCUCCUGCCUACCCCAUACCCCCUUUCAUGCCACAUGUCCCAUUCUCACAGGAUAUUACUGUGGGACCACAAGCAUCUGAGAUUUUGGCCAAAAUGUCAGAGUUGGUGCAUCGCAGGUUACGCCAUGGGGGAAACUCUUAUCCUCCAGUGAUGUACAGCACACUUUUGCCAAAAGGAGCGACAUGCUUUGAAUGCAAUAUCACCUUCAAUAACCUUGAUAAUUAUUUGGUGCACAAGAAACAUUACUGCAACAGUCGCUGGGAACACACACCCAAGCUGAAUGAUUUUGCCGGACUUUUGGAUAAACCAGCAGGCACCGCUAGUCCUAAAAGUGCAGCCGGUUUGCCUGUUGUGAUAAACUCUAACAAUCCUACUAAGGUUAAAGGUCAUGAGUCAACUCCUGAAGGCGGAAAAGUCUCUGAUGAACCUUCAGUGCAGGUUAAAAAAGCAUCAACACCAUCCGGUGCGCAGGAGAGGCCAAACGGCACCAAGUUGGAUUUGCAAAGCCCCAAAAUGCCACCCACCGAAACUGACAUUGACCCUAACCAGACAACAUGUGAGGCAUGCAAGAUCACCUUUAGUCGACCCGAGAACUACAUGGUGCAUAAACAGUAUUACUGUGCCACUCGCCAUGAUCCUCAGGUGAAACGUGCAAACAAUAAAGGACCAGCCAAUCAGAAGACGGUUCGUGCUCGUAAAAGAAGAAAGGCGUAUGAGCUGGCCACUCCAGAACAAGAACAAAUGCAGCAUAUGGGUGUGCCAUCGUUCCUGUGUAUGCCCAGCCUAGGAGCUCAAUACAUGCCAAAAGACACAAUGGAGAGUUUCAGGGACCAUCAGAGAUACAACAUGAUCCAAGGCCUAGUACCCAAAUAUCCGGAGGCUUCAUUGACGGUUACAAAAUCGGCUCUUGUCUCAAAAUCCAUUACAUUAUCUAAGGAGGAGUGCGACGCGCCGAUAGAUCUAAGUAAAAAAUGCACACCACAGUUUGGCAGCACCCCACUGUCACCCAAAGGGCUUUUGGAUUAUCAUGAAUGCGCUGUGUGCAAUAUAAGUUUUAACAAAGUUGAGGACUAUCUUAAGCACAAACAAAACUUCUGCCCAGGCAACGUUCUGCAAAAUUCGUCCUCUGAAAACAAAAUACGUACAAGCAUCAAAAAGGAAGGACAUGGAAAGACAAGCAACCUCUUCGAGAUCCCAGCUUCGCAUGCAAAGAAUGAGCAUCCAAAUGCAGCGACAUCUGUCAGUGACGCCCAUCAGAUCCCUAUAAAAGAUGACCCCAGGAGCGUGUUUCAACCCCCCGGGGGUUACCCAAGUGCUAAAAAAAUGAAGCCUGGUGAACAAAUCUGGCCUUACUAUGAAAUCAAACCCACCGACUAUGCCACAGGGAUGCUUGUCACGCAGAGCGAACGAAGGCAAAGUCCAAAUGAGGGCUGUGAGGGGGAGAAAGACCAGCCGAUGCCUGAUGGGAGCCAUCUUAGCACAGAUGAACCUGAAAGCCAGUGCAAGACAUCGUUCUUAAACAACAGCCUCGAACUAGACGACAAAGCAGGAGACACACGUUCCAGUACACCAGAUAUCCACACAGACAGACCCAUCAACAUUAAGGAAAGCACAACUUCGAUGCCAUCUCCAAAGACCGAGGAGGUCUCAACAAGCAUCAAGAGAGUAUUGACUGGGUCAAUUGCCGCCACUGGGAAUGUUAAGUACUGCCGUCCUUGCGACAUCCAAUUCAACAAUCUGUCAAACUUUAUAACACACAAGAAGUUUUAUUGUUCAUCACACACAGCAGAGCAUGUGAAAUAGUCUUGUCUUCUUCUUUGUUUAAAAGCCGUUUCACACUAAUAAAAGAAAGUCAACCAGGGCCAAACGUUUUAAAGGUGGUCCUCAGCCUCUAAUGCUGUCAAAUGCCAAGUGCGUAUAAUUUCUCACGCAAAAUUGGACGUACGCUCUGACACGGAAGGUUUUCACUUAAAAAAAUCUCUCUCCUCUUGUGAAGAGAGCUUGCUUGCACUUGUGAAUAUCUGUUUCCGAGAAUCUGCUCUUAACAAGUGUGUAAAAUAAACUGUUGACAAAAUUCUUCAACCAUGCACAUUUGACUUUUCACAAGCUGCAGUUUUUCUUAGUAGUUAAUAACAUUUGUAUAAUUCUGUGCUGGUUUACACAGCAGCAGGCGGACAAUCAAUUCAGAAAGUUUAUUCUACAGUCAUUGAAUGGAUAAUUGUUUCAAUAUUUGUUGGGUAUUGUGUGUGAAUACUUUUUAGUGUUUGCGUAUUUAUUUAUUUAUUUAAUAAUAGUUCCAGCUCUAAGUAAUGCAGAUUUGAAAUAAAAGUUUACAGAUUCUCUUAAAUGUCUUAUUUAGAAGUACAGAGGGAAGCCACAGAAAUAGUAAUACAACUAUGAAAAAAAUAAAGGUCUACUAAGGACAUACUGUUGAUAUUGGAGGAACUUCUUCCUUGACCACUGUGUCAAAACAAGUAUUUCCUGAAUAAUUAUCAAUACAUGUAGAAUCUAGUUUGUCCUUGAUGUUUCUUUAUGCUUCAAUAUGAUUUUUCUUGUUAAUGCAGAACUCUUCUUACAAAGGUGAUCGUCCGUGUGUUUGUUGACUCAUGGUAUCUUUUUUAAAUAUUUGGCUUCUAAUGCAAUACUUUUUAAAAGAUCGAACAUUAUUUAAAAGCAUCAUUACAUCUAUACUUGGGCCCCAUAAAUUGUAUGAAGUUUUUAUGGAAGUCCUGCCGAAGGAUGACGUUUACCCCUAGUGUGGAUGACAACUUGUAACCUUUGCUAAAAAAAUGUUGUCAAAAAUGUGU